AUGAGCUGGUUACGAUCGAGCCCGCUGCGGCAAAGUUUCAGCAAAAGCAGUAACAGCGCAAACGACCGCGCACGUUCCGGUGCCGGGGGCGGUGGGCUUUCGGUUAUUCGCCCGUUCGAUGCAACCGAAUGCGAUCCCAAGGCAUGCUACGACAGUUUCUGCAUCCACUGGCAGCAAGCGUACGAGAUUAUACAGCGAUCGGAGAACUAUCGAAGUCAGUCACAUGAUGAUGUGCUGGGUGUGGUAACGCAUCUGGACCAUAUGGUAACGCUGCUACUGGUGGAACUUCAUCACUGUAACAAACUCAGCCUCCCUGGUCAAGCAGCUCCACCCGCGCCCUGUCUGGAGCAUCUACUGAGCGAGAACCUUCUCGACAAACUGUACGAGUGGGGCAUCAAGACGGGAAGAUAUGCAAAUGCCGUACGGCUGGAACAGCUGAAGCUGUACGAACAAUUAGUCAGCCAUUCGCGUCAUCAGCUGCUGGUGCAUGAACCAUUUCUGCGACCUUUGCUAAAACUGUUGGCCUCGAGCCAGAACGAAAUCUAUCCGCCAGACGUGGAGAAGCGGCUGGUGAUACUGCUCAACCAACUGUGCGUGGUGCUGAUGCAGAACGUGCACCUGCUCGAUCUGUUCUUCUUCUCCACCACGCAAACACAGCAAAGCAACCAUUCGAGCAACGGUGGCCACACGAACUUCAUCAUCUUCUCGCUGCUGAUACCGUACGUCCACCGGGAAGGUUCGUUGGGUCAUCAGGCACGCGAUGCGCUGCUGCUCUGUAUGGCGCUGUCGCAGAAAAAUUCCAACGUUGGCACCUACAUCGCAACGUACUCGUCCAUCUGUCCGGUACUGGUAACCGGACUCGGCGGUCUGUACUCGCGGCUGCCCAACCAGAUCGAAAUCAAAACCAUCGACUGGUAUCGCAUCACGACCGACGAUGUGACGGAGCUGCCCGAGCUGACACUGUUUAUGAACUCGCUGGAGUUUUGUAACGCGGUCGUGCAAGUUGCCCAUACGAUGAUCCGGCAACAGUUGCUCGACUUCCUCUACCAAGGCUUCCUGGUGCCGGUUCUUGGACCGGCGAUUCUACAGACAUUUAAAGGGCAAGGUCAAUUCCAGACGAACGUUGAGUCGCAGGUAUCGGCAAUGGCGUACUUCGAUUUGAUUGUACGAUCGAUCACCGAACCGGGAUUGAUACAGCUGGUGAUUCGCUUUCUGCUGGAUGAGGAAAAGUUCGACGGGCAGCGAAUAUUGGACGUGUUGGUUGAGCGAUUAAACAGCAACGAUUCACGGCUAUGCAUGGUGACUCUUUCGCUGUUCGACAGUUUGCUGAGCUUAAACUGUGAGGACAUUAUGCUCGAGCUAAUGUUGAAGUAUUUACUGCAGUGCAAGCACGUACCGAUAUCGCAUCGGUACAAAAUCAAUCGGGUUGAUCCGUACACGCAAGCCGUCGAAUACUUCCUUAACAUUACGCCGGACAUCAUGAAGAAGGUGAACAGUGUGCUGAGCAUCAACAAUGGCGGUAUGGGCACCGGUAGCACUGCCGGCCAAAAUGCACCACCGUUGGGUAACCAGCGUACACACGGGCACAACAACAACCACACCAACAACGGUGGUGGUAACAGUAAUAAUGCCAACCUUAACGUUAGCAAAACGAUCGGUGCCAACUGGAACCAUUACGGGAUGAACACGACGACGGGCGAAACACUGCUAGCGAACUACCAAGCGUACCUGCUCGAUGCACGCAAUCGCAUCGUACAAUGCAAGCAUGCCUGUGAUCAGUGGAACAACGUGUAUCGUUACCAAAAACUAAGUAAAGCCAACUUUUCGCUUCCCCAACCGACGGGAGCAGGAACCGCUACGAAUGGCAACGGUGGGGGAAGUAGCAACAGCGACAGUAUCGUUAACCCGGAGGAUGUCCGCGCCCUGAAGGUGCAGAUGAUAAAAGAUUUUCUCCGAGAGUUUUCGAUCGAUUCCGGUAUAGGGGAGUGCGACAGUCAACAGCAUGCGCCUGUAACGGGGACCAGCUCUACGGCGUCCAGUGCAAUAAUGUUUGGUGGAUCGAUGGCGCCGUCCAGUGGCAAACAGCUUGACAGCUUACAAUCGAUCGGUGAUAGCAGUGGGUACGAAAGUUUGAAUGUAUUUUCCCAAGCAACGAACGAAAUGGUACCGGUAGCGGCACCGCAGGAUCUCGCGCAGCUAAAACAGCAGCAGCGGGUUGACGCGUGGAAGGUAUCGAGCGUACGGGAAGAACCGAUGGGUGAUUUGGAUCUUUCGGAAGAUCUUUUUGCACAAGGGACAGUUAGCUUAGGUCCCUUUUUGACAGCGAUUUGGGGUAAAUUGCAAACGUUCACAAGUAACUGCUUGUAUGUGAAUCUGCAUCUCACGGGAUUGAUCACUCACUUGACGUUUUUCCCAUUGCCGUUGCUACACUCGAUAUUGCUGCGUCCGGACAUACCAACCACAUCCGACACACCGUCCUUCCAUCAGGUGCUGAAGAUAUUGAAGCAACAAAUCGACGCUGAACUACCCGACACGGACGAAUCGCUCGAGAUCGUCGAUAUGGCUCGAUCGUUUCUAGUGGAUCGCGAGUUUCGACUAGUGAAUAUGCGCAAGAAUGCGAUCGAAUCGGCAGCAAGCGGUAAGCUGCUGAAUGGUGGCGGAUCCUCGAUGACGUCCAGCCUGUCGCAGACGACACCGAUGCAGCUAACACCGAGCUCAUCGUACGAUCCGUUCAAGCGGCAGGAUGGUAAACGCAAAAGCAUCAGCAACUCGUUUUCCAACAUCUUCCGGCGGCCCGGUUCCGUGGCUUCAUCGGGUUUAGCACAGAUAGUUGAAUUUUUUACCGGAUCGAGCAAUAAUGGAUUGAACCACUCGCCGAACGUUAGACAACCGCAAUCGUUUACGGCCACAUCGAUGGUUGGGUCCGGUUCGAACCAGCAGCAACCGCUGGGAGGAUCAUCAACCGGGAACCAUCCGGUAGCACCACCGAGCGGUCUGCUAAUCGGAAGCUCACGGCGCGAAUCACGCGAAGCCGAAACACAGUUCAUGUCGGUGGACACGACGACACCAUCCAAUGGGCUGAUCGGACCGAAUGCGGGUAACGAUCACCCGAACAGCAGUCUCGACCACGGACUGGCCAACUACAGUGUCGGUAGCGAGCGACAGCUAAACCUUGCCAUCGGGGCCGUCCUGCUGGACGAGUGGUUACGCGAACUGUCCGCCGUAACGCAGGAACAGUGCAUUAUGAUGCUUUCGGAGCAGGUUCAGCAGCCAGCGCGAUCAGCUAGCUAG